CUCGGACCUGGCACUCAUCAGUUUCAAGUUGUUAUGUACCCAAAUAUAACUAUAAAUAUCAUUGAAGACAUGAAAAGAAGGAGUCCUGAUUCCGCUCCGAUAAUAUUAAGUAAAUGUCAAUUUUUAUCAUUGUAAACUUAUAUAUUUAUGUAAUUAAAUAUAGACGUAUUUAUUUGUGUUUAUUGUGUGUGGGAAACGAUGAAAAAAACAACAAACCUUUCCAAAGAAAACUGUUUAUUGUUUUAAAAAGUAGUGUAACAACUUGAUAAAUCAACAGAAUAUGCAAAAUGAAAUAUAUUAUCACCACUUUUAUUCAUUAAUACUAAAAUCUGGCCUAAACAACUCUAAAUCUAAGGGGGGCCGUAAAACAAAAACUUGUGCGGGUAGUAAUAUGUUAUAAGAAAAAAAAAUUGUGCGGGCCAAAAGAUAAUAGGACGGAUGGGGUGGAAGCUAUUAAGAAAAUAAUAAUGUUAAGAAUAUUUAAUUACUUUGCGGGCUACCAGCACAUGCGGCCAACAGGUCGUGUGUUGUGCAGGCUUGCGUAAAUUAUAUUAUUUAAAAAAUAAAAAGUUUAUAUAUUUGAAUAUACCAAAAGACACUAUAAAUAACUGCCAUUGCCUAUUUGUAUAAUAAAUGUUUUUGUAUUGAUCAAAACCGUAAAUGUUCAGAUGUUCCAGAAGCUGCUCUUGGCCCUGACUGCAGAGUCAAUGACUACAUUAAAGAAAAUGAGCGAAUAAAUUGCACGUGCUAUGACAAGAAAACAAGUUUUAUACCUACACAUGUCACGUGGUCAAGUGACAAAGCUUUGAAUGGUUCUGUGGGGACGAUGGAAUUUGUUGCAAACAGAUUGAUAAAUUGUAAUUAGUUUAGUUCAAUUUCAAUUGAGAUUUAAAUAUAUAUCACCAGGAAAAGCACAUUUAGGUGCAAUUAUCAUAUUGACAUAUCCGUUUAGUGACAUUAAAAACAUUUCCUUCAUUUUACUUAAUUUUCUCUACACCAGUAACUGUUUACCCUACACUAGUAGCUGUUUUACCUUACACAAGCAACUGUUUUACCCUACACUAGUGACUGUCUUGCUGUUAAAGGUGAAAUCAUAAAGAUGGUUUAUGUUUUAUUAACUAAUAUAAAGAACACAGUCGUUUUGAACUGAGCUUCAUGUCAACAUGGGCGCCCGCAGGUAGGGGCAAGUCAGGGCACUUGCCCCCCCUGGAUUGAUUGGAUGACAAAAUUUUAGACAAAAAUAGACAAACAAUUUAUUAAAGUAAAGAGAAAAUAAAGAGAAAAUAAAGAGAAAGUAACUAAGCUUGAUGUCCUGUCCGUUCGUUCACCAUACAAAUACGCUACAGUAAAUUAAAACUAUAUUAAAACAUUACUAACAAUUUUUUGCCCCCCCCCCGGAAAGUUAAUCGAUUUUUUUGCCCCCCUCCCUAGAAAGUUUUCAGCGUGCGCUCAUGCAUGUCAAUACGUGUACUUAAGUUUGAAAACACGUUGUUGUUUUUAAGAGAAUGUAGUUCAUUUAUUAAAUGCCCUAUAUGUAGAUCAUUCAAUAGAGCAAUGUCAUCAGUUAAUGAAAGCCGUGUUUAUUUUGAUUUUUUUUUUUUUUUUAAAAGCUGCUGACUAAGUUUGCAUUCCUUAUGUUAUUAUUAUUUUUUUGAUACUCUAUUGCUUUUUAAUGUUGUACCAAACAAUAAUAUGUUUCUAUUUUUUACAGCCCAAAAUAAAUUUACGUGCACAGUAUCAAAUCGUAUGAAUUGGACAAUGAUGACAUUUUAUCAACCUAAAAUUGCGUGUAAGUUUAACAUGUAUGACAAUUUUUGGUUAUACUUUUACAAUGUUUAGCAAAAUGUAUUUUAUAAAUGUUAAAUAGUUUUGUCAAAUUUGUAUAACACACACAUGAAAGAUAUCAGCGAAGAGGUAAACUUUUAUUCCGAUUGUUUAACAAAGUUACCAAAAUGUAUAAAAAGCAAUAGUUGUAUUAUGAUAUGGCUUUUGUAUCUUCAAAAUUUGAGACUUAGGCACCUGUUGUCGUGUCAACUGCUACGCAAAAGACAAUUGAAAAAAGGUUUGCAAGCUUUCCAAUCUAACUUCACUGAUCACAAUCUUUCUGAAACAUCAAAUAAAAAUUUUAAAAAAUUAUUUAAAAAUGGCCAUGCUUUCCAUUUUAACUUCGUCUCUAUUCCUUGCCUAAAGUUCCAGAUGUUGUGUGUAGAGCAAAAGCCAUCUUAUCUGGCAAUCUAUUUCCAUGAUAUCUACACAGCUCUACAAUCUUUACAAAUCUUAGUGUCCAAGUCCUCACCUUAUUAUAGCGCACUUGAAUUCCAUGGCAUAUUUUGUUUGUGAAUAUUUGUUUGAAAUAAUGCUAACAUUUUAUUUUUAUUUCAAAUGUUUCCUUCUUAAUCUAUUACUCAAACUGCAUGAUUUGUUUACACUUCUGCAUACAUUUUCACGCCAUUUCAUUUGUAACAUGAUCUCCUGUUUACUUUAACUGCCAUAAUCGAAG